AUGAAGCAGAGCAUCUUCGCCGCGCUUGCUUUGGCAUCGCUUGUUGCUACGGAGUACGUCUGGCCAUCGUCUUACGAUGAGAUCGAGGAUCAUCUGUCUCUGCAGAGCGGAUACCUGCGCAGGGGCUUCAUCGAUGGUGUGAUCAAUUGUGGUUUCGGUACCAACACCCCGAGUCGCCAAAACUCGGCCGAAUGGAUCCGGGCUGCAUUUCAUGAUAUGGCUACUCACAAUGUUGCUACCGGCACUGGAGGUCUCGAUGCCUCCAUCUUCUUCGAACUGGAUCGUCCAGAGAACCCUGGGAGCGCAUUCAACAACACCUUCGCCUUUUUCAGUAGCUUCCACUCGAUCCGCGCGUCUGCAUCUGACCUGUUGGCAAUGAGCGUUCUUGUGGCCAGCUUCAGUUGCGGUGGUACCAAAAUGCCCUUCCGAGCUGGUCGCAUCGACGCCCAAGAAGCCGGUCCUGCAGGUGUCCCGGAGCCCCAGACCGAUCUGGAGACUACCCAAAAUACAUUUACCAAGGCGGGAUUUAAUACAAGCGAUAUGAUUGCCAUGGUCGCCUGCGGCCAUACUUUGGGAGGCGUGCACAGCGUCGAUUUCCCCGAAAUCGUCGGCGUCGAGGCGGAUCCAAACAACGACACCGUUGCGCACUUUGAUAGCGAGUUUGCCAAAUUCGAUCAUGGUGUCGUGACCGAAUAUCUUGACGGCACUACCAAGAACCCUUUAGUGACCGGCGGCAACGACACGCUCAACUCGGAUAAGCGAAUCUUUUCUGCGGAUGGAAACAAGACGAUGCAGGCAAUGGCCGACCCCGCUGCCUUCCAGGCUAUUUGCGCCGAUGUCUUCACUCGCAUGAUAGACACCGUGCCCGGGAGUGUCAAACUGAGCGAACCGAUCGUUGGCACAGACAUCAAGCCGUACAUCCAGGGACUAUUCCUUAAGGACGACGGCAACAUCUCGUUUAGCGGACAAAUUCGCAUUCGUACAUCUGCUGACACCGGUCGGGACCCUGAAGACCUUUCCGUUCAAUUGACUUACUCUGACCGCAACGGCGAUGGGUCGAACAUCAUCAUGUCUCGGAAGGCGACCUUCUCAGGUGGCUCUGCAUCCGGUCUCUGGGGAGAAACGUUCCAUUUCUGGGAGUUCGACAGCACCAUCAGCCCCGACAUUGGCAUCAGCAAGUUCCACAUCCAUGUCACGAAGACGUCAACCAACGAGACGAUCACCUACGAUAACGCCGGUAUCGGGUACCCGAUGAGCGAUGUGAUCCUUUACCAGAAGUCGCAAUCCUGUCUUGGGAAUCCAGUCGGCGGGAAGAUGCCGCUCACCAUCAAGGCACUUGUCCGCAAGGACUGCGUGCCUACCACAGCUGAUGGGUUGACGCUUGAUCUUGUUCGAGAGAUCCGCAGGCAAGGAGUGAUUGUUCCGAAGUUGGAAGUUGAAAGUGUCAACUUUCAGUCUACUGGAGAGAACAGAGGUCAAUGGUCUGUCUACACGGCCAAUGUUGACCUCGACACAUCAGGGUGGAGCACUACCUUUGACAUUAGGCUACACGGAGAUAACCCUGUCGAGGUUGCAUUCCAGAAGACAACCCCCUUGGGAUCAAAUGUUUGCAGUUGA